AUGCUCGGGUCCAGCAAGCCUCAUCCAUAUCUUGUCGUCGCAAGGGGACGUCCGGACUAAACGCGGACGAGCUAUUGGGACACAUGGACAAGCAAACAACCAAGUAUGGGGUACCUGAUCAUCAAAAACGUACUCCCAGCCUGGGAAAGCCAUCCGACUGUAGCAACAAAGGUCGCAAAACAAUAAUUGCCAUAUCGAAGUCUAACAAAUUGGCCCUCGUCCCAGCUCAUACUUCACUUCUUUCCUACUCUUCCCUUCUCGCUGCACAAACUCAGAAACAUGCCCAUCACCGUAGCAAUCGCUGGCAUAAGCAGCCGUCUUGCCCUCCUCGUCACAAAGGCACUGCUGAAACGACCAGACGUCUACAUCCGUGGCUCCUGCCGCGAUAUCAACAAACUUCCCGACGAGCUCAAAGCCUCUCCCCGUAUAGCCCUGAUCCAAAGCGGACCCUACGACAGAGAGAAUCUUCGUGCUUUGAUCGGCGGCAGCGAUGUGGUAAUGUGUGCCUACUUCGCCGACGACGAGACCAUGCUCUCCGCACAAAGAUUGUUGAUUGAUCUAUGUGCGGAAGAAGGUAUCACCCGGUACAUAGCCAGCGACUACACAGGCGACUAUCGGAAUCUGGACUGGGGCGAUUUAGCGAUUAAAGAGCCAAUGAAGCAUAUCGCUGCGUACGUCGAAGAGAAGGAGGGUGUGACGGGGAUACAUAUCCUCGUUGGCCUUUUCAUGGAGACGUUUCUCGACUACUUCGGCGUGGUGGACAAAGAGGGGAAGAAGAUGAGUUACUGGGGCAGCGGAGACGAGAAGUGGGAUCUUACGAGUUACGAGACGGCGGCAGAGUAUAUCGCUGCUGUGGCUCUUGAUCCCGCCGCUACGGGGUUCUUCAAAUUCCGAGGCGAGCGUAAAAGCGCCCGUGAACUAGCUGCCGACGUCGAAUCCGUACAUGGCAUCAACCUCACAAUGGAAUCACGCGGGUUCUUGACCAAUCUGGAGGCAAAGUUGGAUAGGAAGGGAAAUGCGGAGAACAUACUCGAUGCUAGCGUAUACUUUAUACUGAGCGGAAAGACUGGAUUGGGAGAGGAUGUGGAUAAUGGAAGGUAUCCUGAGGUGACACCUGAGCGGUUUUCUGAUUUUCUGCAGAGAUACUCUAGAUGAUGUGGUUCUGGUAUGAAAGACGCGUAUUGGACUGGUUGGAGUCCGUGGUCAUAUGUCGGUCUAGUUGUCCACGACUGGACCGACUUCCGCCAAGUACGCAGAAAGAUACUCAGAGCUCCUUUCUAUAAUCUGUACAAGUCAAAUUCAUAAUUUUGUACAGCGAACAUAUA